AUGCAUAUCUCACGCCAAUCAACACGCAGUCGGCGUCUCCCAACUCCCACCCAGGCCGCGGAUCAAAACAAGGUCAUCAACCAGCUCGCCCUACCCACCACUGCAUCUCUGAAGCCAGCUACGCUUCUUUUCCCCGAGUGUAACUCCUCCUUCUUACGAAAGGAGAUCGCUUCACUGAUGAAGGAGAUUAACAAACUCGACGUGGAUACGCGACUCGCUAAUGGGCUAGCUCCGCUGCUAGAUUCGACUCAGGUACAGGAAUUCCUGCUAAUGUACAAUCACUGGGUAGCGACAUGGGGAGGCCUUCCAGAAAGGAGAGACGCCAUUAAGACCCAAAUCAACGCGAUACCACGAGUGGAAGAUCAGAACGUUUUUCUUACAAAACUAGCCACUAUCGCUGGACAAGCUGGGCAGGUGGGAUUCACCACAGAGUCCCGACCUCCCUCCCCGCUAGCAGAAGUUGAGUCCGAUGCACCUGAAGCCGGGGAGUCAGACAGCGAAGAGCCUCCGAUGAAGAAGGCCAAGACCGAAGCAACAUCCGCCAACAGCUAG